AUGCUGCCCACCAAGCCUCAGAAGAUCAAGACGGCGCUGGUAUCCAUAUCGUCGCUCUACAUCGCAGGCUGGGGAAUCUAUUACCUCGCGCAAGAAACGAUCCGCAGACGAGAACUCGCAUCGCGUAAGCGCAGGUACCCUUUGCGCGCACCAUUGCUUCCACCGCACGCCAUCUCGUCGGGUGUCCGCGUCGCAGAGCGAGUAGGCGUACUAGCGCACACGAAUUCCAAGAGCGCCUCGAGCAAGGAAUUUGCCGACACGAGGGAAGCCCAAGAGAUCCUCAAGGAACGCGGCCUGGAAGAGGACGACAGCACUAAAGAGGUAGAUGCAGUGUCGCCGCCUUCAACGCCAGCACGGAGUCCUUCUUGGUACGGAGGCGCUACCGACACUGAAGUCACUAGAAUCCACAAGCGCUUCUCCUCGCUCAAGGUGCUAGGACGCUACGCCAAUGUCGUUCCGGAGUGGCGCGAACAAGGUGCAUGGGAAUGGGUUGCGUGGAAGCUUUUCUACAGCGUGUUUUACAAACCACGCAUCUGGUGGGACGGUGGGCUUCACGCUGAUCAAAAGACACACGAUGGGCGACAGAAGAUUGAGAUGCUGCUUCCAGUCGAGCACGUUCAGUGGGAUCAGCUAUUUGCUCCACGUUCCUCCUCGAAAGGUUCUGCGGCACCGGCAGUUCCUGCUGCUCAGCAGUCCUCCUUCACCUGGAUUGGCCAGUCGACAUGCUUGAUUCAGCUCAACGGUGUCACCAUCCUCACCGACCCGGUCUUUGGCGAGCAGCCUGUAACGACUUUGUUCAGUCCAACACGCAUGCGUCCCAUGCCAUGCAGCAUCCACGAGCUCGUUGCUAAUGCUGCAAUCGAUAUCGUCUUGCUUACCCACAACCAUUUCGAUCACCUCGACAUUGACGUCCUUCCGCUCAUCCCAAGACACACCACCUUUAUCGUCCCAGUCGGACUCACUCCUCUGCUCGAGCAGUACGGCGUAGAGGCCGAGCGUAUCGUCGAGCUCGAUUGGUGGCAACAGAAGAAACUACCUCUUUCGAUUCGAGUCGCAUCCAAUGACAAGGGCGCAGGUACUAUUCCCUCUGGGCGUCGACGAUGCUUUGACGUUACAGCUGUCCCUGCCAGCCACUGGAGUGCUAGGACACCUCUGGACACCAACACCACGCUCUGGAAUUCGUACGCCGUCCGUGUCUACGCUGACGAGCAGGGAGCCACGGCCUCUCGUCCGCACUCGCCAACACCUGCUUCUGAAGCCCCUUCCCUCUUCUUCUGCGGAGACACGGGAUACUCACCCUCGCUCUUCACGGCCAUCGGUCGCGCUCUCGGACCUUUCGACGUUGCUUGCUUGCCCAUCGGAUCGUACGAGCCUCGCUGGCACAUGCAGACCCAACACAUGCACGUCACCGAGUCGGUGCAGGUCACGCGUGAUAUCGGCAGCAAGCGUGCUUUCGCCAUGCAUUGGGGUACGUGGUCCAUGUCGGACGAGACCUGGGAUGAUCCUUACUGGCAGUUGCACAAAGAGAUUCAGCAGACCUCGGACGAUCCAAACCGUCUUCUUGCUGUUCCCUUCGGCAAGACUUUUUGGCUUUAG